AUGAAUGCUUUCUUCGAUGGGUUUGUGCAUGCUGGUACGACGUUGAAAGAAUUUGUCGAUCAAUUUGACAAUGCGCUCAGGAAGAAGGUGAAGGUCGAGACGACAACUGAUUUCAACUCCACAAACCAAACCAUCCCAUAUUCAUCCGCAUUCUGCAUUGAGAAGCAAUUUCAAGCUGUGUAUACAAACGCAAAAUUCAAGGAGGUCCAACGAGAGGUGUGGGGAAUGAUUUUAUGUAACUGCAUACUUAUAAGUAAGGAGGGUUGCAUUUCUACUUAUGAUGUGUUGGAUGAAAUUACCGCUGAUGAUGACCAUGUCAAGAGCAUGAAGUACACAGUUUACUUUAACGAGGAGGAAGUUGAUGUUAAAUGUACAUGUGCAUUAUUUGAGAUGAGGGGAAUUCUCUGUAGGCAUGUAUUGAACGUAUGCCAGAUGAAUAAGAUUUAUGCAUUGCCGGAUAAGUACAUCUUGGAUCGCUGGAGGAAGGACUUAAAGAGGAGAUAUACGGUGGUAAAAAGUAGCUAUGACGAUUUGCAGCAGAAUGCGGACUCACGGAGGUAUGAGUUCGUGGUUAAACGAUGUCUAAAAUUAGCAACUCGUGUAUGCACAAGUGAUGACCGUGUUCAUGCAUUCAUGUCCCACUUGGAUGAGUUUGAGAUUAAAUUUAAAGGAUUAACACUUGAGUCCGGUUAA